UUCACGCAUGCGUAACACGUAAAAAUGCAUAUAUUGCAGCAAAGGACCGACUUCCGCGAUGUAAAGUUUAGUUAUUUCGGCUAUUUGCGAAAGGAUUAAUGAUGGAUGUACAAUGAUAUAAAGUUAUUGUGUUUGUAUUCAACCCAAAAUGAAGUUUUUCAAUGGAUCUAUGACGCUAAAGAUCUGCGAAGCGCAUGAUCUGAAGCCAACUGACUGCUCCACUCGCCAUCAAAUAGCCAAGGGGGCUUUGUUGAUAGAUCCAUAUAUAUCGGUAGAUGUUGACGACAAUGAAGUAGCUAGAACCACCACUAAAACGAAAACUCUGACUCCUGUGUGGAACGAGAAUUUUGUGACUGAGGUGCACAACGGGCGCACAAUCGGAUUGACAGUUUUCCACGAUGCUGCCAUUCCCCCAGACGACUUUGUUGCGAAUUGUUCUAUCCCGUUUGAGGAAAUCAAGGAGAAAACGAACGAUCUAUGGGUCGACUUGGAACCAAAUGGACAAAUACACAUUGUAUUGGAACUUCAGGGUUCAACAUCUGAAGAACCCCCAAAGGAGAGAGUGUUUAAAGAAAAAGAAGGACUACUCAAUCGGCGGCGUGGGGCUAUGCGUAGAAGGGUUCACCAAGUAAAUGGACAUAAAUUCAUGGCUACUCUUUUGCGUCAACCCACUUUCUGCUCACUUUGCCGAGAUUUUAUAUGGGGUCUUUGGAAUCAAGGCUAUCAAUGUCAAGUGUGCACGUGUGUGGUUCACAAACGCUGCCAUAAAAGUAUUGUUACUAAAUGUCCAGGCUCCAAAGAGGAUGGUAGUGAAGAGGGACCUCGUGUGAAGAUCAAUGUUCCACAUCGGUUCAGUGUUCACAAUUAUAAGAGACCAACAUUCUGUGAUCACUGCGGAUCCUUACUGUAUGGAAUUGUAAAACAAGGAGAGCAGUGUGGGGAUUGCAAAAUAAAUGUUCACAAAAGGUGCAAGAAAAAUGUUGCAAAUAGUUGUGGAAUAAAUCCUAAAGAAUUUGCAAAGGUGAUACGAGAUAUUGGACUUACUCCAGAUACAAGAAAAAAGCCAUCAAUAAGUACGGAUUCUCCGAACAAGGAUAAACAAGGACGGUUGACAUCACCCCUUCCCGACUUGGAAAAAAAGAAAAACGGGAACAAAAUUCCCUACAUGCGGAGUCACACAGUUGCUAAUGAAAAGGGUGUAGAAAUCUCAAAAGACAAAAAGAGAAAUGAUGGAAAUGAUGAAUAUCCAGAUGACAAUGAUCAGAACACAUUGACGUCUGAUGACAUGUGUUUAGGUCGAGGGCGUAGUCCGUCACAGGAACGGUCAGGCCGCAAACGUAUGGAUAGACAUGGGCUAGCAGAUUUUGUAUUUAUUAAAGUUCUGGGCAAAGGCAGUUUUGGCAAGGUAAUGUUAGCAGAAAAGAAGGGUGCAGAUGAAGUCUUUGCAGUUAAAGUUCUUAAAAAGGAAACCAUUUUACAAGACGAUGAUGUAGAGUGCACCAUGACAGAAAAGAGGAUACUGGCUCUAUCGGCCAAUCAUCCCUUCCUGACAGCGCUUCAUUCAUGCUUCCAAACAAGGGACCGACUAUUUUUUGUGAUGGAGUAUGUGAAUGGUGGUGAUUUAAUGUUCCAAAUUCAACGAGCUCGUAAAUUUGAUGAACCGAGAGCCAGGUUCUAUGCUGCAGAAGUAACUCUAGCUCUUAUGUUCCUUCAUCGAAAUGGAAUAAUAUAUAGGGAUUUGAAAUUAGAUAACAUAUUAUUAGAUGCAGAGGGUCAUUGUAAGAUAGCCGACUUUGGAAUGUGUAAGGAAGGGAUGACGGAAAACAAACUCACACAAACCUUCUGUGGUACUCCAGAUUACAUAGCACCUGAGAUAUUACAAGAACUGGACUAUGAUGCAUCGGUAGACUGGUGGGCAUUAGGAGUGUUAAUGUACGAAAUGAUGGCUGGACAACCCCCAUUUGAGGCGGAUAAUGAAGAGGAUCUGUUUGAGUCCAUCCUACAUGAUGAUGUUCUGUAUCCAGUAUGGCUCAGUAAAGAAGCAGUGCAGAUCCUCCGAGGGUUCAUGACAAAGAAUCCUGCCAAGAGACUGGGGUGUGUGAAGGAUCAUGGAGGAGAAAAAGGAAUCUUAACUAACCCAUUUUUUCAUGAGAAAAUUGAUUGGGAUUUACUAGAGAAGAGGCAAAUAAAACCUCCUUUUAAACCUAAAAUUAAAUCAAGAACAGAUGCCAACAACUUUGAUAAAGACUUUACUUCUGAGGAACCAACACUAACUCCAGUGGACAUGAGUGUUGUGAAAGCAAUCAACCAAGAGGAAUUCCAAGGUUUCUCAUUUAUCAAUCCAGACUAUGGAAAAUUGUCCUAUUGUCCAACCUCGGAUAUUCAUUGACCCCAGCUAGUUCUAAUGAAAGAAUGUGAUUUUUUCCCUUGCUCCCCCUACGCAAAUUGAUAUGUUAAAGAAAAUAGAAAACGACAGUCACAGAGGCAUCAGAAAUGAAGAGGGAUUUGUAGGAAAAAGAAGAGAAGAUAAUUUAGAAGAGGAACUCAAUUUCUUUUUUCCUUUUUUUUAUCUACAGUAAUUAAAUGUCGGAUGACAAUAUUUUGGGUAGAUACAGACGAACCAAUAUUUCCAUAUAUUCCAGCGAUUUGUUGUGGCGUGUCACCAGUUCUUUAGAAAAUACCCCCUUCAUUGUUUAUUUUUCUCCUCAGCCUCUUCAUUCAAUACCUCAGUUUCUUUAUCUAUUUAAAAGAAGAAUACAAAACCUAUGUUCAUGGUCACCUAUGAUGCUGUAAAUGUUUUUAUACCAUGUUUACUUCAUCAUCAGAUUUCUCAUGCUAUAAGAAACAUAUUGCUGCAUUGUUACCUUGUCCUCUGGGACUCUUUAUUUUAUAAAGAAAAAUUCUAGUAUGACAAUCUUAUCACAAAUGAUAGAUGUUCAUGAAUUAAGCAAGCUGCUAUUUAUAUUUUCAAAUCAAGAAAUAUUGAGGUGAAGAAAGCACUGAAUUCUGUAUUUGAAGAAAUAUACUUGUGGAUGUUUGCAGGUAGUUUAAUAAAUUAUUAAUUUAAUAAUGUACAAAUACCAGUUUGCAUUUAAGUUUUUAAGUCCUAGUUUUAUAUAAUUUAAUAUAUAUUUAUCUAUUUCACAGUAUUCUAGUCAACCUGUUUCCGGUGUAAAAAAACAAACAUUGAUGCUUACACCAAUAGUACUUUUAGGGGAAAUUCCUCUUUUCUUUCCAAUUUUGUGGUACCUUGGAAGGGUUUUUUGAAAGUUGUUUUUUUUUUGAAACAUUGUAAAAUAUGGCAAUUAAACACAAAAACAAUAUUGACAGAUUGUGCCAGUUGUUCAAAGUUUCAUUAAAGCAUGUUGAUCUAAAAUCUUAUGUGUAACUUGAACAGUGGUAAUGAAUUUUCUAUUGUUAACUCUGGUAUUGAUCUCAUUUACAUGGAUAUGUAUCUAUUCUAAAAAGGCUUUUCAACAAGUAAAUGCCAGAAAAUUGGAGGGAAAAUGUACUCAAGCACAAACUUCUCCUGUGUUGAUAUUUAAAUGAGAUGUCUCUUAAAUAACUCAUGUAUGUGGCAUUCUAUGCAUUUUAGUAGCUGAAUGCUUUCAUUUUUUUAUCGUUCGAGUUGCGAAACGUUGAUUGCAAUAUAUCAUACAAAAUAGAAAAAAAAUUCUUCAACCAUUCCCGUACAAUUUCUAUAACAGUAGUGUUUGUACACAUGAUUUGAAAGAAAACCAAAUUUGUGUAUGCAAGGAAAGUGCACACAACUUCGAGCAAAUAAUUUGUUACAGCUUUGAUACAAGCUAUUUGAUUGGUUUAUACACACUGUAUUCUAGGAAUGUGAAUGCAUGUACAAACAUGUUGAUUGCCUUUUGUGUUGGCUCACAAUAUAUUGAUACUCUUUUCCUUACCCUAGAAAAACAUUUUCCUCAAUGAUGAAAAAAGGCUGGUUUCAUUUCCAAGCAUUUUCAGCAAUUGACUUUAUUCUCUUGCAUUGUAUAAGAAAUGUUUUUAGCAAUUUCAUGAGGGUUGAUAGGAUAUGUGUGUAUUUCUAGGUAUUACAAAAAAAUAAGCUCAGAUUUUAUUUCAUUUUUAAUCUUGCAUAACUUUUAUUGAUAAACUCCAAAUACAGUUUUAAUUGAAGACGAAAAUAUGGUUGAUACACACAUGUAUUUAUUUUACAAGCUAUUUAUUAAAUGGGUUGUUUUUUCUGCACUUAGUCUAGAUUUAUGGAAUAUUAGACCUUUAUAAAUUUACGCCUCUGCGGAUAUUUCUGUAAUUAUUUUUUGAAUCUCUGUUAUGCUUAAUGGCAAGAACCUGUAUUGGGACAAUCUUUUCAGUUUUGGCUACAUGUACUGACACAAGUAUUUUGUCAAAGUUGGGAAUGUCGUAAUUACCAGUACAAAGAUCUUAUGUACAUGCUAGUGUGCUAUUACAAUAUGCAAAAUAAGAAACAUGACCAUGUGUCCUUGUUUUAACUACAUGUAUGUGAUAUAACAGGACUCUCUUUAAAAACAAAUUUCUACAACUUUUUUAUUAAUAGGUUUAUUGCUGAAUUCGGUAUCUUUCAUUUCAAGUAAAAAUGCAUUUAUGAAGGCUUGUUUUAUUUUUGGGGAUGACAGUUUAUUGUUGAUGUUCAUUUCCUUUUAAUAUGAACUUAAGCAUUUAUCUUAUACAGCUGAUACAUGAAGAGCAAGAAAGAGUUGGAGUCAGAAUCUGUCAUUUAUUAGAGUAACCCAGAUCAGUAUUGUGUGUAAUAUGAAUUUCAUGUAAUUUUUUAGCAACGUACAAUUCAAUUUUUAGAGAUUUUCAAGUUUCAUGCUGACAAUUGUGUACUAUAUGUAUGAAUCAUUUUAUAGUACUCCGUGAGAGCUUGUUUAUUUUGUUUGGAUUUUUUAAAUUCCAUAUCAUUAAGAAAGAGUCUAUCUACGACACAUGUCUCAUCGAUUCCAUUGUUCAUUUUACCAUAGCAACCUCUAACAAAGGUUUUAAGUUGUAUAAUAAAUGUAGUAAAUCAGAA